AUGUUCUCAUUGGGUGAGAAGGUGUCAUACCAAACUUCUAAUGGUGUGACGCAGCAAUGCGUAAUCUGGGCUAUCCGGUUGGAUCAUAUGGCCCAGAUUGGCAACAGCCAAUAUGACAGGCCCGAUCCGCCGAAUGUAUGGGUGCCAAUGAACCGGCUGUUCCGUGUUGCGCCUCAUCCUUUGACAACGUCCAAUGUUCAGAUGUUUUCUGGUGGUGCGGAAGCUCCAACUGUUGCUCCGACUGUUGUUGGCAGCCCUCCUUCGGAAGCCACCGUCAUGCUGCCAGCUCGACGUGAGCGAUCCCCCCGCCGUGAAACGCGCUGCCGGGUGAAGGUGGUGACGAAUGACAUCGAGGCUGCGCUCAGCCGCGCGAAGCUAUACGGCAUCCUGUCCGCGUGUGUCUGGCUUGGGGGUGAGGUGCUGCACCACCAUUCUGAUGGCCAGAUGUUGGUGAUAAGGUUCAAAGGAACCAAAAGUGCACAGGCCGCUGAGAAAGCAUGGCCGGAAGCAGUUUGGGAUGACUGA